UGUCUUCCUGGUAUGCCCAGGUGUUUUUAUUUUCCUGGUUUGAGAAUUCAAAGCACUUGUCAAGAUGCAGAACGAAGAAGGGCAAAACAUGGAUCUUUACAUUCCCAGGAAGUGUUCUGCCACAAAUAGGUUGAUCACUUCGAAGGACCAUGCGUCGGUCCAGAUUAAUAUUGGACAUGUGGAUGAGAAUGGCCUUUAUACUGGCCAUUUUACUACUUUUGCCCUUUGUGGUUUUGUCCGAGCUCAGGGAGACGCCGACGGUGCACUUGAUCGGCUCUGGCAGAAGAAGAAGGUCGAGGUUCGACAACAGUAAAAGAGAAGGAUUUUACUUUUUAGGUUGGCUUUUGCUACAAGAGUGGUUUGGGGGGGGGGGUUGGGAAUAGAAACUUUUCUUCCAUGACUUGUUUUGAGGCUACUUUCAGCUAAUAUCGGAUGGUAAAAACUAGAGAUAUAGAUGCCGAGAUAGUACUUCAUCAUUGUGACUUUUAUCUGUCUGAGGAUUCAGAUUUUUCUUAUUAA